AUGAACUUAAGGGAAUAUAUUUCUCGGAUGGUCCUGAGCGUGCAGCAGGUCGCUGUCCCGGUGCUGUGUGAUGCGGACAAUGGGGAUUCCAGAGCCCUGAUGACGCUACGCCCUCCUCCCGCACCGGUCUGUGGCCCCGCGGAGUCUGGGCUGCAGACCUCACUGUGCGAGAGCACCCAGACGGUUCUCUCCCUUUCCCUGUUCCCGGAGAGAAACUGGAGGUUUUUGCGGGCCGUGAUGGAAAGUACCAAGACAGAGGACAUGGAGCGCUUCCGGCCACUGCUGGAUGGCCGAAAAAGUGGGACCUCCAUUGCACUCAAGUUGGACUCAGACUUACCAGCUGGACAUGAGCUACGUGUGGAGACGGAGAAGACGGAGUGUGGCUUUGAGCAGAAGCUCAACAAUCUUCAGGGGGAAAGGGAUACACUGUAUUCCGAAAAACAACAGCUUGCAGCAGAGAAACAGGCUCUGGCAACAGAGGUGUCCCAGCUUAUAGGACAGGUUGCCAAGCUGUCCAAGGAACUAGAAGAUGCCAAGAGGGAAAUUGCUUCUCUCUCUGCUGCCGUUGGCUUAGCACCUCCCAGCAGGGCUCCUGUUCCCCCUGCCCUUCCUUUACCUGGUGAUUCUGGCACUGUUAUUCCACCCCCACCCCCUCCUUUGCCAGGAGGGCUGAGCAUACCUCCUCCACCACCUCUUCCUGGGAGUGAUGCCGUUCCUCCUCCUCCACCUCCCCCUCCUUUGCCUGGGGGUGCUGGCAUCCCCCCACCCCCUCCUUUGUCUGGGGUUACUGACAUCCCCCCACCCCCUCCUUUGCCUGGGGUUACUGACAUCCCCCCACCUCCUCCCUUGCCUGGAGGAUCAGGAAUGCCACCUCCCCCUCCCCCUCUUCCUGGAGGCCCUGGCAUCCCCCCACCUCCCCCUUUUGGAUUUGGAGUUCCUGCAGUACCAGUUCUGCCAUAUGGUUUGACCCCAAAGAAGCUUUAUACGCCAGAGGUACAGCUCCGGAGGCUAAACUGGUCAAAGUUCGCUGCUCAGGACCUGUCCCAGAACUGCUUCUGGACAAAGGUCAAGGAGGACCGCUUCGAGAACAAUGAACUUUUCGCCAAACUUACCCAGACCUUCUCUGCCCAGACCACGACUCCGAAAGCUAAGAAAGAUGAGGAAGAUGGAGAAGAAAAGAAAUCUGUGCAAAAGAAAAAAGAGUUAAAGGUGUUGAAUGCAAAGAUGGCCCAGCGUCUCUCGAUCUUUCUGGGUUCCUGUCGCUUGCCCUACGAGGAGAUUAAGAAUGUCAUCCUGGAGGUGAAUGAGGCUGUUCUGACUGAGUCUAUGGUCCAGAACCUCAUUAAGCUGAUGCCGGAGCCAGAGCAGCUGAAAAUGCUUUCUGAACUGAGAGACGAGUACGACGGCCUGACCGAGGCAGAGCAGUUCGGGGUGGUGAUGGGCACGGUGCCCUGCCUGCGGCCUCGCCUCAACGCCAUCCUCUUCAAGCUGCAGCUCAGUGAGCAGGUGGAGAACAUCAAGACAGAGGUUGUUUCUGUGACGGCUGCAUGUGAGGAGCUGAGAAUGAGUGAGAACUUCUCCAGCCUCCUGGAGCUGACCCUGCUCGUGGGGAAUUACAUGAACGCUGGCUCCAGGAAUGCGGGUGCUUUUGGCUUCAAUAUUAGCUUCCUCAGUAAGCUUCGAGACACCAAGUCCACAGAUCAGAAGAUGACCCUGUUGCACUUCCUGGCUGGGUUGUGUGAGAAUGACUACCCUGAUGUCCUCAAGUUUCCAGAUGAGCUCGCCCACGUGGAGAAAGCCAGCCGAGUUUCUGCUGAAAACUUGCAAAAGAACCUAUGUCAGAUGAAAAAACAAAUUUCCGAUGUGGAGCAUGAUAUUCAGAAUUUUCCAACUGCUCUAGAUGAGAAAGACCAGUUUGUUGAAAAAAUGACUAGCUUUGUGAAGGAUGCCCAGGAGCAGUAUGACAAGCUGCGGAUGACGCACUCUCACAUGGAGACCCUCUAUAAGGAGCUGGGCCAGUACUUCCUCUUCGACCCUAAGAAGGUGUCUGUGGAGGAAUUCUUCAUGGAUCUGCACAACUUCACGAAUAUGUUUGUGCAAGCAGUCAAGGAGAACCAGAAGCGGCGGGAGAUAGAGGAAAAAACGCAACGAGCAAAACUAGCCAAGGAGAAGGCCGAGAAGGAGCGGCUGGAGAAACAGCGGAAGAGAGAGCAGCUCAAAGACAAGAAUGCAGAGGGUGAUGAGACACGUGGGACAGACAGCCUUCUAGAAGUACUGCAGUCAGGCACCGCAUUCCGACGGAAGAGAGGAUCCCGUCGGGCAAACAGGAAGGUUAGGUGUGCAGUCCCAUUGGUCCCAGCGUCCGAGCUGACCAAAGAUGAUGCCAUGACUGCAGUUCCUGCCAAGGUGGCCAAGAACAGAGAGGGAGUCCCCACAGUCCUUGAGGAAACCAAGGAGUCGACUGGCCGUGCGAGCUAAGCUGGGGCCUGUGGCCACAGCAGCUCCUCGGUGGAACUGGCCUGCUGCUGUCUAUACAUCACACACAGCUUCAGCCGCCUGGAGGACAGAAGGAAAGGACAGUGUGGGGGAGGCCUGAGCCCAACCCAGUCAGCCCACUGUUGUAUUUACUAAAGCAGGC